AUGACAAGCAUCCGCUCCGUGGCCGGCCUCCUCCUCGUCCUCAGCUUCGUCCACAGCGGCUGGCAGCUUCCUCUUCAAGACACCUCAAGCUCAGAGAUGGACGACACUUUAGUGAGGAGACACUCGGAGGGAACGUUCUCCAACGACUACAGCAAGUAUCUCCAAGACCGGCAAGCUCAGGACUUUGUUCGCUGGCUGAUGAACAACAAGCGGAGCAGCGCUGCGGACAAGCGCCACGCCGAGGGCACCUACACCAGCGACAUGAGCUCGUACCUGACGGACCAGGCCAUGAAAGACUUUGUCGCCAGGCUCAUGUUGGGACAGAUCCGAAGAGACGUCUGCAAUAAUGCGGUCGCAGGGUUAAGAUGGCGAAGGCACGUGGACGGAAGCUUCACCAGCGACGUGAACAAAGUCCUGGACUCCAUGGCGGCCAAGGAGUAUUUGCUCUGGGUCAUGACCUCCAAGCCUUCAGGCGAGAGGAAGAGAAGACAAGCAGACCAGUGAGGACACGUCUGCACCAUGAAAACAAACACCAGGAAACGGAAGCCAUAC